GCCGUCACGUUUUGCCGCACGCGCAUCCGGGGCUAUCCGAAAACCCUUAUCUCCCACCCUCUACAGCCACCAGCCCUUAAAGUUCUCAAUGUAGGUUUGGUGGCGGUGUGGGCGGACUCCGAUCGAUGAUGGUCGCGCCUGACAUUUUUAAGCGCCGCCGAAACUUCAACACACACACAGACCGACCCUCUAUUGUGCGCUUUACCACUCGAGAGAGAACCUACAGCGACGUCUCCUCACAAACACCACACACCGAGUGUUAUUAAAUUGCAAUAGUUUUCACGCCCAAAGCCCGCCACUUCGCCCACAGAAGAGCUCAGCAGUAUCCGAGUAAACGCGAGAAAAUCCGUCUAAAAAAUUCAACAGUUUGGAGGCGUUCGUCGUCCACGGGAAGAAAAACAAUAGUUUGGUGUUACAAAAGGAUGUGCUGAGUGAUGCGCCUUCAAGGAGAAAUGGAAUCCACUGACGACGAGCUUGACCAGAGCGUAUUUGAAAACAAAAAUGGCCUCGCCGAAGACAUGGCGUUCUUGGCCAGCAUGCCGGAGCUUUGUGACGUCACGUUUUUGGUCGGCGAAACCCGAGAACCAGUGUGCGCUGUGAAAGCCGUUUUGGCCGCCAGAAGCAGGGUGUUUCAUAAGAUGCUAUAUCAACCGCCGAGUCCGCAAAGAAAGAAAGAAACGGUGCCGAAAGAGACGACUAAACUCAGACGGCCGACGUUCCUGAAGCGGAGCAGCGAACCGCUAUUGAACGUGAAAAAUGCCAACACACAAACACAGGCCAAUCAGCAUCAAACUGUCGUGGUCGACGAAUUCGAGCCUGACGUGUUCCGUCAACUAAUCGAAUACAUACACACCGGUUGUGUUACUUUGCAACCUAGGACUUUGUUGGGCGUGUUAAAUGCAGCUGAUUACUACGGGUUGGAAGAUCUCCGAAAAGCGUGCACAGGUUUUGUUCAAUGUUGCAUAAACGUGGACACGGUUUGCGCCUUGCUUUCGUCGGCCGAACGUUACAUACAAUACAAGUGCACCAAAAGCCUUGUUCAAAAGGUGUUGGAGUUUGUCGACGAACACGGUAACGAAGUGCUGAACUUGGGCUCGUUCGCUUUGUUGCCGCUGCACGUUGUCCGAUUGAUACUGAGCAGAGACGAGCUAAAAGCCGACGAAUUCACCAAAUUCCAGGCUGCCCUCAUGUGGACAAUGAAGUACGGAGAUACAAACUCAAACGUCGACUGGAAGGAAGUGUUCGUUGAGAACUUCAUGUCGUCCAUUCAGUAUCAUAAAAUACCGGCCAACGUGUUAAUGAACGAAGUAGAACCUCUGAAAAUAGUACCAUACGAGGUGAUCAUGACUUCGUUAGCAUAUCAGGCAGACCCCUCCUGUGUCGAUCCCGACAAACUGAAGAGGGCCUUGAGAAUGGGUAACAUUCAUGGGCUUAUGGGUAUCAGCAGCACAAUUGGCACGGUGACGACCGAAAGGACUAUGUCGAUGCAGAGUUCGGGUACGCACCACGGCUCCAGCUCGACAAUCAGCUCCAUUGGAUCCAGCGAUCUAGUGGGGUCUGACAAAACCUGAUCCGAAAGAACCCCAAGUUCAUAGGCGUGCGCUCUUGCCUAAAUAUGUAACGGUUUUUGUUUUGUUAUUUACUUCACAAAAAACACAAAUUUGCAUUCAUAACAAAUUAUGAUGGCCAUUCGAGUGUUAAAUCGAAUUGGUCAAUCAUAACUCAAAAUACAUAUUAUCUAUAUAUAUCACAAAUCAGCUGUUGAAAUGACCGAAUAUGUAAUAUUAAUAAGAUAACGAUUAUAUUUUAAUAUUUAGGCAAGAUGAAUAUAUUUUAAAGAGCCGAAAUAACUCUAAUCUGAAGUUACCUAUACGAUGUUACACUAUGUUAGCACCAGUAUCAAAUAUGUUGCGCACGCCUAUGAGCUUCGUAGGUACAAACUUAUUCUAAACCAUUUCGAAAAACUACAUUAAUAGAUAUAAUAAAAGGUCCAUUAAAUAUGACAUUUUUUUGUCAUAAUGCCAAUUACGUAUAAUUAUACAUAAAAUUAUGGCCUUAGUGGGAAUUUUCCAAAAUUACUUUUUAUAUUAUGUUCUGAGUGAUGAGAUUUUUAGUAAUUCUAAUUUCUAUGAUAUAAUUAUUAUUUAUUUACCUAACUCUGCUUGUGUCUCUCUAUAAUACCUAUUUGUAUUAAGUUUUUAUAAUAUUAUUUAAAUGGAUAUUAAAAAUAAUUAUAACCACUCGUUAUCCUUUAUCGUGUUCUAAAAGUUUAAAUAAUUUAAUAAUUAUAAUAUAACGUAUAAUACUACACGUCUAAUAUCAUCAUGCACAGGUUUAUAUUUAAAUUGGUACAUAGGUAUCCUUACUUUCUUUUUUCAAUUUAAAUUUUAAAAAAAGGUUAAUAAUUCCCCUAUUAGUCGCAUUUAUAAAAAUAUAAAUAUUUUUUACAUAUUUUUAAAUUUGACUUAUCUGACCUUGCUGUAUUUAAAUUUGUUUAAUAGAUAAAUAAACCCAAUAAAAAAUUAAAUUAUACUCGACUAAAUCGAAAAUAAAAUAAUUUAAUUUUCCCAAAAUACAUAAAACAGAAUAAAAUUCCUAAAUCAUAUUUUAAACGCUUUCGAUUCGAUUUGUGUAGCGUUUAUAAAAUGAUAUCGCUCGUUGAAAUGUCAAAAUAAAAAGUUCCAGUAGUGGCCAACUAAAAUGUACAAAUAGUAAUUACAUUACGCUUAGGUUUUUUUAAGUACAACUUACAAGUUAUUGUAACAAUCGCGUUACUCGUGUCAAUUUUUGGUGAUGGGUACUAUUGUCUAUUUAUAAAAUUAUUUGUACUUUAUUUAGUUUUAAUUAAGAUGGUUUAAUUUUUUUAAUAUUAAUAUAAUUAAUAUAAUAUAUUUAACUGUAUAUGUAUAUAAUCUAUACGCGUGUAUAUGUAAUUACUUCCAAAAAAAUGUAACGAAUUCUCAAAUUACCAUAUUAUUUUAAUUUAUUUUUCAUACAUAUAAGCGCAUAAUAGGUAGAGAAGUAGCUACCACAGUUUAUAUAUUUAAUUUAUGAUGACUAUUGUGGGUGUAUCCAAUGUAAAGUACAAAUAAUUCAGUCAACUAUGGUUUGUCUACAAAACCGACCCACCCCAUUUUAUUUAACUAUACUCAUACUUUUUAAUUUUAAAACAAUACAUCUUUGUUAGAACAAUACAUCGUUAAACAAUUUGCUUUUAUUUUAAUUUAUUUAAAAAAAUAUGGAAAUGGACUUCUGUACCUCACUUGCUAAAUAUAUAAACAGUAAAAUAUUAUAACGUAUUUGAAUAGUAGAUUGAUGUAAAAAAUAAUAGCGAACACAUUUAUAAUUAAAAUGAUAGUAUGUACUAUGUUCUAGUCAGGUAAAAAUUAGUGUCUACAUUGAAAUAUAAAUAGUAUACCUCCUAUAUAAUCUGUAGAGAUAAAUAUUGUAAAAUAUCUAAUACUUUUCUAUUUAUGUCUUGUUGUACUUCUCUUGUAAACGAAUUAUUGUAUCUCUUUUUUAGCUUUUUAAUAUGUAUACUUUUAGCUAUUAAUACGUCGUGCUAUAUUCUAUUAUUUAUGUU